AUGGAGCAGGAGCAGACCCAUAUAACGGCUUCUCUGCUGCAUAGUUCCCCAAGGGUGUCGCUGGGCUGGAAGCAAGGGUGGGAUCUCUCCCGUAACUUCACUUUCUGCAGAUGCUUCAAUGAUUUGUUGCCUUUCAUUUCCACAGGAGACCAGCUCACACCCUGCCCUCCAGAGAAGUCAGACUCCGCUGUCGCAGCCCGUGCUGAACCCUUAGCAUCCAGAGGAAGAGCCGGGGAUCUGGCAGCAAGUCAGCACCUGGUAAAAGGGACUACCAUCCUACAGCCAGGACUGCCAACAUUGCUAUGGAAACCCCCCAAAAAUAAAGACUUUCCCAGCCUUGUGAGAGCACACCUGCAAGAACAAGAACUGCAGUUAGCCUUUUGCCUGUCAAAAGCGACUCUCCUUCAUUACUGGUGUCACCUAAGGACAUUUUUUAUGUUUGGACUGGAUCUUCCUGGUGGUCAAAUGAAAAAUCUUCGCAGAGGAGGAGUAUGGUGUUUACGAGAGGAGACCUUCACAGCACCGCACAGGAGUGAUUUUGCCUGGACAUCAGUGAUUCCACCACAGUACAUUCAUAUGAACUCCAGAGCAGUGAAGUGCAGUUCUGCAAGGAGGGAUAAGUAACAUCUCACAGAUCAUGGCCUACAGCCUUAGAAAGGAUCCAACACCAGUCAGUGACUGAUACGUAUACAUCACCUACCUGUAUUUCACUGGAACUAUUCAUGAGCAUUACAACCUGCAGUGCCGUAACCAGCAGCGAACGUCUCUGAAGUUUUAAAGAGAAUACUUGUCUGUCUCUGGAGCUUGUACCACACACUUCAACAACUGCUCUUCAAGCCUACUCAGCAGCUACAAACUCCAUUUACUGGCUGUUGGGACAAACUCUUUUAACAUGACAGUCACAAGAGUAGACAAGAUUGUUCUGAAUGAAUACGUAACAGAACUCUCAAUAUUAAGGAAAUUUCAUGUAGAUAGUUUUGCUCACAGAUUUUCUUGCAAUGCCUAGGACCAAUUGCAGUUUUUCAAAGAGCAAGUUUUUAAUUAUGAAGAGAGAAACAAUAGCUCACUUCAACAUGAAAAAGAAUACACCCACUAUUUUUCCAUGUUCUAUAAUUUAAAAACAGGCUGACCAAUCAGCUUUAAAACUUUUGAAAAUAUUAAAACUGAAAUAUAGGGCUCAGUUUCCUUUUUUUAAUAGCUAGACUGAAAGAUUGAAAAAAUUCAGACUAAUGGCUACUUUAAGACCGUAAAAAAGGGUGAAAGUUUUUGAAAUAGGAAUUUAACAUUGCCAGAACAGAUUGAUUCCAUAGAAAAUUUUUUAAAGAGGAUUAAGACAUAGAUUAAAUUUAAAGCAUUUAAAUAAGGCUAUUAGCAUUAACUACACAACAGUUCGGAAGUGCCACAGGGCCUAUAAUUUGUUGCACUGUGUAUAUUGAUCUGCCUGACUUUUCUCACUUUUUUCCAUAGUGUCUAUGUUCAGAAUGCAAACAGGGGCCAAAAUACACUUGAAUAGCGUGCCUACAGAUUCAAGACACUUCCUAUAUGUAACGUGAGUCAGUCAGAAUCAAUAUGUCCUGAAAAGAGUGACUGGAAAAUAGCAUUUUUUUACGCUGUACUUUAAAAACAUCACCCUGGAAACCAAAAUUACUGCUUUGACCCUGUGAGGUAAUUAAUGACAACACAAUCGUGCUUAACAGCACAUCAGCUCCCAGUGUUCCCCAAGCACUUUCUGCGUGAGCUGGAGGAACACCUUGUAUACACUGAGAAUGAAACAGAAGGUCCCUCAGUUCAUCAACAGCACAGCCACAGUAUGCAACAGGCACUGCUCUUUUGAGGAACAUUUCUAGCCUCAUUGGUGUGCCUGAAUUUCACCAAAUGAAGCCUCAUGCUUGCUAAACUCCAGACGAAGGCCAACCCAGACCUGGCCUGGUUCUGCUCCUGCUGCUCUGUGCACUAGCAGAGAUCCUGUGAGCUGGACUGACCAAGAGGGCUGAAGAGCAAAGUGCCCUGAAAGGGAGGGAAUAAAAGCAAUUUCAAGCCACCCUCUCAUCUGCCCCCAUCAGCAGGCCAUCCGAGCAUCCGUAUGGGCUCCUCAUGCCAACAGUGUGAUUUAUGAACAGCCUCAAGGCUCCAUGCUGGCAACUGAGAAUCUGAAGUGAUGCCUCUCCUUCUCGCUGGCUCUACCUAAACCUUCGGGGCAGGGAGGCGAGAGACUCAGGAGCUACUGCACAGAUUCUUAGUCGUCCAAAGGCUGGUUAAACUAAUGCAGGGAUACGAGCCGCUCAGAGCAGCCUAGCAUACCACUGAACCACACCCUGCAAGUUAUUUCCAGCAACCCUAACAGCCACUGCAGUCUAAGACCGUCUUGGGGUUUCCAUCUCAAGUCCAGAUCCUGUAAGAAAUGCUACUGCAGGAUUCAGGGCCAUCUUCUACGCUUUUCAACUUUCUCUGUUCUUAGACUCAAGUGCAAUUUCCUGUCGCCCAGACAAACCUGGAGGAAAACUAUUGGUAUAAAACAUUGGUGGGUAAGUCAAACCCUGACAAAACCCAGCUUCUUUGGGGUAUUCCAUACAUACACUCACAUCACCUCAAACUAAUUUGAUGUGAAAACUGAAGUUAAGCAACUUGUUAGUAAUCACUUUUCAAGGAUUUAUUUAUUUUGUCGGGGGAGGAAGGGAGGGAGAAGAGAAAAAUCAAGCUAUUUAGCUUUCCAAGUAUUUAACAUAAAACCCAAAAGAGCUCCAUCUGGCAACCAGCAGGAUUUCUAAAUAAUCUAAAUAGUAUCUACAUAAGAACCAGGCUGUCUAUAGAGUAAGACAACUUCAACUUUUACAGCCACAAGAAGCCUUUAUUAACAUAAAAGGAAAUUAUAAAAAAUUAAGUUAGAAGAGGAACAAGAGUCUGGCAAACUGACAAGAGACCCCGGGAAUCUCUGCAUUAAUGCUGAAAUGCUGCUUUUCACUUUGUCGAAUUAUAGCACCAUAUACUGUGUGGUUAAAAAAAAUUAGGUUCAAAGGACACUAGCACAAUAAAACCAGUUCUAGGAACAGAUUCAGAUUCAUGAAAAUUAAUAUAUCAUUCCUUGCUUUGCAAUACAAAAAGACCCUUGGUAUUUUAUCAUCAUUUGUGGAAAUAUUUAUUAUUAAUAUUUAAUUAGUUGGACUUCACCGAGUCAUGGAUAAAGCCGUUCAUGUCCACAGAAGUCCAUAUUCAUUAAGGAAAUGGUUCAUAAUGCCGAUGCUAAUUUUAUGUUAAUACUUUUGCAUUACUCUUCGUAUAAAAUUUUGAUAAUCCAGUUUCCAAAUAAAUAAACACCUCUCAGGGUAUUUAAUGUUCUAGGGUAUUCAGAUACAAAGGAACUGGCCUUCCACUUCAUACCUAGCCAGUAUAUUUUUUGCUCAGUUUGUGAAUGACCCAAACCUGGUGGUGUUCUGCUGUCCUACAUGAAAUAUUUUAAUGGUCUUGUUGCCACUUUCAGUGGACAAAAAUGCAAGUUGCCAUGGAGAUUUUAUGUCCGUUUCUUGGCAAAGAACCAAAAGAGCAAAACCAGUGGGCCCGAAUACCAUGCUGCAGUGAUCCUGUGAGGAUAGAGCAGCCUUGAAACUCUGCCCUUUUGCUAUCCUGGGCUACAGGGAGAGAAUGUCUAUCUUUAUCAUUGCCCAUCUGGUGCCUUUCACAGGCAGCAAGAACAAAGAAUUUGAGUAAAAUGUACCGGUCCCUACCAUCUGCUUCUGCUUGUAAAAUCUAGAAAGUGCCUGAGAGAAAAAGCUCCAUUUCCCACCAAAUUGUUCUGGCAGGUAGACAUUUUUGCCUGUGCUUCUCUGAAAUCUCAGGGCAACCUUAGAGGCCCUUGGUUGCCCGUGACAAUACAGCUGCUCACUGCAGAGCAUCCCAAACAUACCUAGCCCAACAUCUUCAUUCACAAGUGUCUGACUGCUCGGAAAGAAGAGUUGCGUUGUUUAGAUCUGCUUUAUUGGAUCAGUCCCCGUAUUAUCUAGAAUAGGAAAAUUCCUGUGGGUUUAAUAGGAUGUAUUACCCUACAGAUUUGCUCUGGUUCCACCUCCUUUCCCAUCAGCCACAUCCCCUCUUGCUGCAAGGCUGCAUACACCAUGUGUUGGCUCGACCCCUUCUGCCUCUGACAGAAGUUUGGCCAAAAAGAGCAGAUUUUCUGCUACUUUGAUCAUUUCCUGUGGUAAAAAGUGAAGGGAAUUAUCUGACCCAUAGUCUUUUCUUCUUAGUUUUGAAAAAUAACAAGGAUUUACAUUUGCGAGUUGCCUUAAAUAACUUGCUUCUCAAUAGCAUUUUGCCACUAGUUUACUGGUUCUCUUACAAAGCUGUUAACUUAUUUAUUUUUUAGAACCAGAAAACACAUUGUUCCGACCCCAAAUUCAGAAAUUCAGCUGCUGUAUUAAAUCAAAAAGGAACUUUGUUAUGAUGGACAAACAACCACAAGGUAGCAUCAAAUCCACAGACAAUACAAAAGUGAGAACUUCUUGCCUGUUUAAAAAUUCUUACAUUUAAAAAAUAAGCUUAAUUUUCUUUUGGUGGGGAUAGUGUUAUUUUUGGCUACAAGUGUGCAUUGCAUAAUGUGUUUAGAAAUGAGUUAACCCUUUUAUUAAAUACACUGUUAGAGUAGAUCUACUACAUAUGUGAUAUAAACAGCCUGAAAUAUUGUUUGAUUUUGUCAAAAUCACCAAGGCUCCAGUUCAGAAACGUGUCUAAUGCCUGUCUAAUCCUAUGUUGAAACAGUGACACUGUCCAUUUACAUAAAUGGUGUAAGCAUUUGGGCAACCAGGUAUGAAGCCAAGCGAAUUGGUGACCUCUGUGUGGCCUGAAAUUGCGCCCUGAAAACAAGUUCCGUUAUUUAUUUUUUCUGUCCCAGAAAACACAAAAUACACAAACAAUAUGAUUAUACUUACUGAAAUAAUCUCUUAUAUCAGCACUAAUAUUCUGUAGAAAUACAUUCCAAAGCAAUUAUCACAAUAUACAUUAAUUCUUUAUAAAUGUGAGACUACAGCAUUUAAAAUAUACGCUCAUGUUCAUGCUAUGUAGUGGAACCACACUUUCAGCUGGGUAGAUGCCACAACAUGUGUGUAUAUAUACAUUUUUUUCCUGUUAAACAUUUACUCACAGGGCAUAAAAACAGUUGUUUGUAUUAGUUUGUAUGAAAAGCCUUUCUUUGAACUUUGCUGUGUUAAUUAUAUGACUAUGACAGAUUUUGACAGACACUCUCUGAGCUGAGUCCAGAGGCAUGCAUGGCUCCCUUUGUCAUCAGUGGGAGUUCUACUCUGGAAAGAAAUGACUGAACACUUUGAAGUGUUAAAAUUACUGUUAUUUUAAAACGUUACAGUAAGUUAUUUUGGUAAAUUUACUAAAUGCAUAUAUUUUUUAUCAUCCUGUUAACUAAAAUCAUGACCUGGCUAAAUUUCACAUGCUUUAUUUUAUAACACUGAACCCCUCUAAAACACACAUCUGAAGAGGAAAAGUAGAUCUAGAACAGUUUGUUUUGCUUCUGUGUUAAAAAAGAUGAUAUAUGUUUGUUUAUACAUGCAUGCACUUCACUUCAAAAUAUAAUCAGAAGUGUG